CUAUACUUCAGCAUAUGAUUGUUGCGGCAAUAGAUUUUGGAACAACAUAUUCAGGCUGGGCCUUUUCAUUUCGAGCUGAUUAUGAAAGAGACCCUAGAAAAGCCGAAGUAAAACACUGGCAUUCCGGUAUUGGAACUCUAGUAACAGUCAAAACACCUACUUGGUUGCUGGUAAAACCAGAUGGAGUCACUUUUCAAGCGUUUGGCUAUGAGGCAGAAGAUCAAUACAUGGAAUUAGCUGAUAAUAAUGAGCACAGAGAUUACUACUAUUUUAGGAGGUUCAAAAUGUUACUUUUCGGCGCACUUGGGAAGCAUCUUACGAAUGGAAUCAUUGUCAUGGAUGAAAUGGGAAAGGAACUUUUGGCUGUAGAUGUGUUUGCAAUGUCUAUCAAAUUCAUGGUCGACGAUUUGAUGGCUGUUGUCAAUCAACGCCUGACUGGGAUAAUAAUGGAAACAGACAUCCAGUGGGUGCUCACAGUGCCAGCGAUAUGGUCCGAUCCUGCAAAACAGUUUAUGAGACAUGCUGCAAUAAAGGCUGGUAUAACUACAGAAAAACUGACAAUAGUCCUUGAACCUGAAGCUGCCUCGUUAUAUUGCCGACAUCUUCCUGUAGAUACAACCGUUAGUGAUGGUAGUUUGACGAUAUCUGAAUUUCCGACAGGAUCAAAGUACAUAGUUCUCGAUGCUGGAGGGGGAACGAUUGAUUUCACGGUCCACGAAGUUCAAAGUCAGUAUUCCUUAAGAGAAGUCAGAGCAGCAAAUGGAGGUGACUGGGGAGGAACCAUGGUAGAUAAAGCGUUUGAAAAUUUUCUCAUUGACCUAGCUGGUGAAACUGUGUUUAAUACUUUUAAACAUUCGGAAACGGUAGAUUGGCUUCAUCUUAGUCGAGAUUUUGAAUUAAAAAAACAAGCAGCUGGAACACAAUCGGAAGGAAAUGUAUUCAUGCAUUUUCCGGUGUCGCUUAUUGAUUUAUUUGAGACGGAACAAGAGAGAAAAAUAACUAUCAAAGAUGCAAUAGUAGCUUCAAAAUAUGGGAAAACAGUAGAGCUGAAAAGAGACAAGUUGAAAAUAUCACAUUCUACUGUAGAAAAGUUAUUUGAAGACUCAAUACAGCAAAUAGUUAAGCAUGUACAAAAAUUGAUGAAAGAUGAGAGAAUGGCAGACGUCAAAGCCAUACUCAUGGUGGGUGGAUACUCAGAGUCUCCUUUAUUGCAACGUGCAGUCAAAUCAGCACUUCCAGGAAUCAAUAUUGUGAUUCCACAAGAGGCGUCAUCUGCUGUGUUUAGGGGAGCCUUGAUUUUUGGCCACAAUCCUAUAACAAUAACCGAGAGGGUACUUAAAUAUACAUAUGGUAUAAAUGUGUUCAUGCCCUUUGUAGAUGGAAAACAUCCAGAGAACAAACGCAGGAAGACUGAUACAGGUGACCGCUGUGGCGAUAUUUUUCACAAACUGAUAGAAAAGGAGUUGAGAGUGACGCCAGGUGAAACACAAGUAAAAAAAUAUUAUACCUCUGCCCACAAGAAACAAGCUGUUAUGCGUUUUGACAUUUUUAUUUCUGAAGAGAAAACUCCUACAUACGUAGAUGACAAAGGAUGUACCAAAAUCGGAACAAUAGAAAUAGACUUUGAAGAUCCAGACGAUUUACCUGGACGUAGAGUAAGUCUUACAAUGUUACUUGGUGGUACAGAAAUCAUUGUAGAAUUAGAGGAUGAAAAGACUGGAAAAAAAGUAAUAAAUACAGCGGAGUUUUGGGCUGAAUGACAAAAUCAGUGACAAUUUGCAAAGAACUCAUGUAAUUUUUGAAUUACACAUAGUGGUCAAUAUGUUCAUAACAUAGUUAAAUUUUCUUCUACAUGUACACUUAUUAUAUAUUGAUAUUUCGAAUGUAUUGAUUCACCCUUUCACAGCUCGCAUUAGAUAGUCAAUCAAAAACCUAUCUGAAUAGCUUCAUACAUGCACUAGUAUUCAUGAUAAAUCGUUGCAUGGGUGAUCAAAAUCUUCUUUACUUAGUAUUAGUUUGCAAAGAAACAUUAGUACUUGCCUACUUUCCCAUGAAACUGAUUUUGUAAAACGUAGGUAGUAAGUUAUAACUGAAAGAAACAAAAUAUGACAUUUUAUUUGAAAUAUCUGAAUUGGGAAUUUUGUACGAAUAUGUAACAAAGAGAUAAAUAGAGAGAGAGGGAGAGAGAGAGAGAGAGAGAGAGAUAGAGAGAUUUGAAAUUUUAGUAUAGUGUGAUGAUUAAAGGGCUUGGAUAAUUUAAUUUGAAUGGAAUACUAACAUUAUUAAUUAGAACGAUACAUAUACAUUGUUUCAUAUAAUCUUAUGUGAAGGACUGAAUUAUGUAUAUUCCUUAGUUAUUUGCAUUGAUAUUUUAGGGUUUUUUUUUUUUAAAUUACCCAUUCUGUUGGCUUCAAAUGGAAGAUAACAACAUAUCACCAAACGUAUUCGAGACAAAUAAUAAACAUAUAUUUUCAAGAUUAUUUCUGGAAAAGUUAAUGUAAAAAAUAGCAUCAUUAGACAAUGAAUUGAUAAAAAUGCUUAUGUCAAAGGCGAGACCGAAGUUGGGGGAAUUUUGAAUGUAAAAAUCUGAACGAAUACUUUGCAAUACUUGUGGCAUUUGUUAUUAACAACAAUGCCAAGACAAAAACAUAGUUCUUCUAGCCCGACUGUCAUUAUCUUUUUUACCGCCGACACUAAAGAUUUUAUUGAAAACAAAAUAUUUCAGUAUAUAUUGACAAUGGGGGCCUCAGGCCAACGGUUAAAAUUUAUUGCUUACUUCGAAUCUUUAGCCUCCCCCACACCUCUCCUCCUCUGUGGGAUAGCGACCAUCUCAACUCAUCAUUUGAAGAAGUCAUUCAGAUGGCUUGUGGAGGGUCUGUGCAAGGUGCCCGUCCAUGCCUGAAAUAAUGCCCGGAGAGACACCUUGGAUCAUCCUACACUACUAAAGAAUUAAGUAUUUCUGUUAAGCAAUUGUUUGAACCUAAUUUUCUCUUUUCACAAUAAGUAUCGUUUUUUAAUGUCACCAUUUUGAUAACUUUUGUUUCAUUAUAAUUAUAAUAUUAAUGGUGAAACUUGUGGAGUUUUUAGUUGUAAUUUUACUCAAUUAAACUAUGUAAUGCCAAAAAGGCAUUUCCUUCAAUCUUUUUUCCCCGCUAUAUUAUCCGUAUUAUUCAGCAACAAUACAUUUGUGAUAUAAUAUAUUAUAUUUAGUUUCAGUAGUUUGGGCAGUCGGGCAAAGGACAUAAAACUUAUUAUUAUGAUAAAUUAAGGUGGUACGAUUUCAGUCUAACUAAAUAUUCUAAAAACUGUUACAAUUUACAUGUAAUUGUUUUUGUGAACAAGAUAACACAAAACAUAUCCUAGACAAACAAUAACGUUUUCUGAAAAAAAGAAAAAAAACAACACGAAAAAAAAAACAAAAAAACACACGAACAAAAACUCAAGCAUAUUUACAACAGACUGACUUGUUUCUGUUGUGUUACUAUAAUUACAAAAUGAAAAAUACAAGAAACGUUUCUUAUGAUUUCCUCUUUGAAAUUACCAUUUCUGUUAGAUGUAAGCAGCAAAGCUAUGAACCUAACAGCGAUGU